CUGAGUUCUCUAGAAUGGGAAGGCGAGGCGUUCUUCCUGCCAGGGGCGCCCUUGAGGUCCAGGCAUAGAGUCAGAUGGAGAGAGACCCCAACCAGGGGGGCACAAAGGCCACAGCAGGGCUGAAGGAAGCCUCAGAAAAAGAGCAGCCAUGGUACCCUACCCACUUGCACCUGGUUGUCCUGCAGGCCUGCUGCCUGCGUCCCAAGAGCACCACGGGCACCAGCAACCCCUAUGUUGUGAUUCAGCUACAGAAGCAAAGAUUUCGGACCUCUGUGGCCCACCACAACCUAAAUCCCGAAUGGCACGAGGAGUGUACAUUGCAGUUACCGACCGUGCUGGAUGACUCAGAAGAGCAUGGCCUCGUUCUCACCGUCAUGCACAAUUCCGUACAUCACUUCAACCAGUUCCUGGGCAGAGUCUGCCUGCCUCUUGCCCAGCUCUUUCUGGACAAAACCAAGAGGAAAAACGAGUGGUUUAUGCUUCAGUCUCGACCUGGAAAGAAGGAAAAGAUAAGAGGAAAGCUGCAGCUUGACAUCCAGUUCUUACAAAUCUCCUCACCAAUCAGUGAGACAGCUAUCAGUUCUCGUGGACCCAGGGCCUUCUUCAGCAGAUUCUGUGGAAGCAAGAAGGGCAAGAGGUACAAGGUGUACAAAGAAACUCCAUCUCAGUCAAGCAGCCUGGCAAAUGAUGAUUCAUCCUCCUCCAGCGUGAACACAGAGCUGGAGGCUUCGGUGGUGACGUCUGGACCCAGGUCUGGCAGCACCUUGCACAUGGUAGCAGCAAUCUCUGUUGGGAAGAAACCUACAUCCAAAACUCAGCUGCAGAAGUUGAUCUCAUGUAACUACAAGGAACUUUCCUCGGAUGCUGUGAACACAAAUCAAUCAGAGCAUCCAAGUAGCCUGGAACAGUUCAGCAGUAUCUUUUCCCAACAGCCCAAGAAAAAAUCUAAGCCCCUGAAAGAGGAGAGGAGUCCUGAAGCAGCAGGUAUAUCUAUGGAGGCUUGGCAAGCAUCUCUUCCUCCCCUUCAUGUUGCAGGGCCCAGCCACAUGCCACCGCGAGCACAGACCCUCCAACCCUCUACUGUGAGCCUCCAGCAGACCACCAGCUCCUCCACAAUCAGCUCUGUGCCUGGCCACCUCCGCAGAUGCCGAAUGAGGCUACAUAGGAGCUACCGAUUUUGUCGUAGGUGUUUUGGCUUCCGUACCUGAUGCUGAAGUUUUGCUUU